AUGAAGUUCACACCAGCUCCAGCUUCUUUACGCAGCCCUUUAAUAAUCCCGGAAAAAAUAAUGAUGGGUCCAGGGCCAUCAAACUGUUCAAAACGAGUUCUGACCGCUAUGACCAACACUGUGCUGAGCAAUUUUCACGCAGAAUUGUUCCGUACGAUGGAUGAGGUGAAAGAUGGAUUGAGAUAUAUUUUCCAAACUGAAAAUAAAGCAACAAUGUGUGUAAGCGGUUCCGCACAUGCUGGAAUGGAAGCCAUGUUGAGCAAUCUACUCGAAGAACGUGAUCGUGUCCUGAUUGCUGUUAAUGGAAUUUGGGCAGAACGCGCAGUCGAAAUGUCCACGCGCUAUGGUGCAGAUGUGAAAAUUAUCGAAGGUCCUCCAGAUCGGCCAUUUAGUCUGAACACUAUAUCAGAAGCAAUAGAGUUGUAUCAACCCAAAUGUCUCUUUCUGACACAUGGCGACUCCUCUAGUGGCCUACUUCAACCACUAGAAGGGGUGGGUCGUAUAUGUCAUGAGCACAAUUGUUUACUGAUUGUAGACGCCGUUGCAUCCCUAUGCGGUGUACCUUUUUACAUGGAUAAGUGGGAAAUUGACGCUGUCUAUACCGGUGCCCAAAAGGUUCUGGGUGCUCCACCUGGCAUCACUCCUAUUUCUAUUAGUCCAAGGGCACUAGAAGUUAUCAAGACUCGACGCACAAAAUCCAAAGUAUUCUAUUGGGACCUGUUGUUGCUUGGAAAUUAUUGGGGCUGCUACGAUGAGCCGAAACGCUAUCAUCAUACCGUCGCAUCAAAUCUAAUAUUUGCUCUACGUGAAGCUUUGGCUCAAAUUGCAGAGGAAGGCCUUGAAUCACAAAUAAAGCGACGUGCAGAAUGUGCUCAAAUUUUAUACGAUGGCUUAGGAAAAAUGGGACUCGAAGUUUUCGUCAAAGAUCCAAGACACCGGUUGCCCACCGUUACUGGUAUUAUAAUACCAAAAGGUGUUGAUUGGUUCAGUGUUUCUCAGUACGCUAUGAAAAAUUUCUCACUAGAAAUUCAAGGCGGACUAGGACCUACGUUUGGAAAAGCGUGGCGGGUCGGAAUCAUGGGUGAAUGUUCAACUAUACAAAAAAUUUAUUUCUUUCUUUAUGGUUUGAAAGAAUCAAUGAAAGCUACACAUCCGGGCUAUGUGUUCGAAGAAAGUAAUGGCUUUCAUUAAAAAAAAAACAUCAGUAUAUAUGUUUCGUAUUUGUGCGAGCACAUGCGCUUUAUUUAUAAGUAGCUUAGACUACCAACAUUGACCACCAUCAUAGCGUUGAUUUGCCCUUCUGUUUUCUAUUGGUCUUUCCUGA